AUAGUUCUUCUUUAUUAUACAAUUGUUAUCUACAUUAGUAAAAAAAUAAGAUAUGUAGUAAAAACACAUCAGUAUCGAUGUUUUAUGUUAGGAUCGAUCCUUUUCGAUACAACCUCAGCAUCGGAAGUAUCGAUAUUUCAGCACCGAUGCGCCCGCCCCUACCUCUCUUCGGUCAGGAGGAGGAGAAUCAUUUUUAGUGGAGCAGAUGAACACAAGCAGCCGAGAAGAUAUCCCGGGAUAUGCUUUCGCAUUCUGACGUCUCCAUUUUACUGUCGGCGGAAAGAAAUCGAAACUUUUUCUUUGUUUAGAGACGAGAAGACAAGAAGAGCGCUUCCUCAGCCGCACGCGCACUCCAGAUGUUUCAUGUUUGAGAGAGCAAGACCUACAAUUUAUUCAGCUCUUCUUAGGGAUACAUCUCGUUUUAUAUUUAUAAGAAAAACCUUUGAAUGCAUUUGAAUAUUUAUUAUAUGUUUUGCGGUGCAAAAUGUUUUUUUUUGCAACAGAGUUUGCGUCAGUAUUUUCUAAAUAAUGACAAUUGUUUUUUUAGCAGUUUUUUGUAAACGGGUUGUGAGAAAAUGAGUGUCAGAUGGUUUAUUGGAUGUUUCUUGGCGCUGUGGACUGUUUGUGGAUCUGUCCAGACCCAUCAGGACUCGAAACACGAGCGGGAAGAUAAUAACGUAAUUAACCUUCUCGAGGUUCUCAACUAUACUCGCUCCCACCGGGGAGUCUCCAAGACCAAAGGGCAUGAUCCCGAGACGCCCGCCUGGAGAUUCCGUUCAAGCACGCCUCAUCUCACGCUACAACGAGACGCAGCAAAAUACCUCCGUGGCACCUUACGUGGUGUGCUGGGUUUGCACCUGGUGGGCCGACAGAAGAAAAACUCAAAGGCCACCCUAAUCUCCUUCAGCUCCCCUGAUCACCUGAAGCAGGACGGACGUCCCCUGCUGGAGCUCGUCUCCAACACUCGAGCGGAUCGGCUGCAGCUGGAGUUCAGGUCAGCAGAAGGCUUGCGGCCCGAAUCGGUGAAGUUUCCGGUCGGGAGCCCGUUUGCGGGGGGUGGUUGGGUGAGAAUGGCUUUAAGCGUGGAGCCCAGGCAGGUGGUGCUGUUUGUCGAAUGCCAGGAAGCCGUGGUGCUCAAAUUGAAAAAAGGUGGCAGAAUUCUGACUCUGGACUUCCCGCACGAUCUGCAAGUCACGUUCUCAAGCACUGCAGGACACAAGGCCAGCAAAUUCAACGGUUAUUGGCAGACAGCUGAACUCUCCACAAGGGCAUAUGAGAGACGUCCAUGGUUCUGUGACAAUGUAACAGACCUCAUGCAAGAACCAGCCCAGCCCACCGGGCAUCCCAUACCAGAUGUGAUGCAUGACCAGGGACACCAUGAAGGCGGAGCAGAAUUAAGCUACCCCGAACCUCCAGGGAUGCCCAGUGACUCAGUCCAGCCUUUCGGCCAACUGGAGAACCACCUGCAUAGCAUCAACACCAUGCUGGACAUGUUAAAAAAACAGAACGCUCACCUGGAGGCUCGGGUCGAGUACCUGGAGUCGUGUGACUGUGUGAAACGUAAAUGUGAAUGGAAGGGACAUCAGAUGGACGAGGGCUCCCGUUGGUCUCCUGACAGCCACAGCGUGUGCUGGUGUACCUCUGGAAAGGUUCAAUGCGAACGCAUGAAUGAAUGCAGCUUUAGCGGUAACAUCUAUAACAACGGGGAUAUCUUCAGCCCGGACGACUGCUCCAAGUGCACGUGUGAGACUGGACGAGUGGAGUGUGAUGUGAUCACAUGCCCAUCAGUGUCUUGCGAUGAGACGUCUGUUCAUUCUAGAUCGUGCUGUCCUGUCUGCCCAACAAGAUGUGAGCAUGAAGAUGAGUUCUUUGAGAAUGGCGAUGUGUUUGUGUCCCGAUCAAACCCCUGCCUCAACUGCAUCUGCUCUAACAGCCGUGUAUCAUGUGAGCCAAUUCAGUGUCCGCCCACUUUGUGCCCGAACCCCUACAGAAGACCCGGCCAGUGCUGCCCAACCUGCUCGGCAUGUGACGUAGACGGUCGUCCAUACAACGGCUCCUUCAGCACCGUCGAUGGCUGUCAAAUCUGCACGUGUCAGGGUGGGAAUCAAGCGUGUGUUGAUGUGCAUCGGUGUCCACAAACGUGUCAAGAUGGAGUGAAGCCGCCCUUUGGCUCCUGCUGCACAGACUGUUCUCGCUGUAACUUCGAGGGGCAACUUGUCCCAGACGGGGUUUCCAUUCCGGUCCCCCGUGACCCAUGCAAACACUGCGAGUGCAAUGCGGGGAAUAUAGAGUGUAACACUGAGUCCUGUCCUUCACUUGACUGUGAUUUGGUGGAGACUAUAGGUGGACAGUGUUGUCCCAGGUGUCGAAGUUGUUUCCAUAACGGCUCGUGGCACUUGCAUGACACACGGUGGAAGGACCUGAAUGACCUCUGCGUCACCUGUACAUGCAAGGAGGGACAGGUGCGCUGUGCGAGUGAAAGUUGUCAGGUGUCCUGUAGGAACCCUGCCUCUAACCCCGGAGCCUGCUGUCCUGUCUGUGAUGAUUGUAGUUUGAAUGGAGUGAACAUCCCGAACGGGGAAAGACUUCAGUCUGGAUCCCAGUGUGAAGGCGACUGUCGCUGUGAGAAUGGGAAUAUUCACUGCGUUCCACACCGCUGUCCACAAACACCCUGUCAUCAUCCAGUCCAGAGACCAGGAGAAUGUUGUCCCCGGUGUGAGGAGUGCAGAUACGAGGGUGAAGUGUACGCAGAGGGUCAAACCUUUGUUUCCAGACAGGAUCCAUGUGUAACUUGUCAGUGUUUGGGUGGACAGGUGUCAUGUGACCCCAGAGGAUCCUCAUGUCCAACUGCACACUGCACCUACCCGGUGAAACGUGAACAAUGCUGCCCUUCAUGUCAGAUGUGUGAAUAUGAAGGAAGGGUUUACGAAGAUGGAAGUGUGUUUAGGCCGCCCGGUGAUGGACCCUGCCUGCAGUGUACAUGCAAGGGAGGAGACGUGACAUGCCAUAACGAAAGAUGUCCUACUUUAACUUGUGACAGCCCCAUUCGUCCUCAUCCUAAUUCCUGCUGCCCGGUGUGUAGAGGAUGUGAGUGGAAUGGUGUUCAGUAUCAGGAAGGAGCCUCAUGGACGCAUGAAGGCAGAAGCUGUUCUUGUGUAGGGGGACGUGUGAAUUGCGACUGCCCUCCUGCUCUGGCUCCAACUCCCGUGCCCUGCCCAGAGAACACGCCACAACCAGAUCCUUGUGGCCAGUGCCAACAUAAUAACCGUGUGUAUGGAAACGGGCAGACCUGGGCAGACCCGGAGAAUCCAUGUGCACAAUGCUCCUGUCAGGAUGGCAGUGUAUAUUGUGCCAUGCCUGAAUGUUCACCUCCUGCAUGUUCUAAUCCAUACACACCCCACGGAGAGUGCUGCCCACGCUGUCCACCAGACUGUGAAUAUGAAAACCGCAUCUAUACUAACGGUGACAUAUUCCCGAAUCCCUCAAAACCAUGUGAGGACUGUGUUUGUGCUGAUGGCGGUGUGACCUGUGGAAAUCACGAGUGCCCAAAACCCAACUGUCACUAUCCUCGCCAGGGGCAGUGCUGCCAAAACAACUGCAAUGGGUGUAGUUAUGCGGGUAAUGUUUAUCCUAACGGAAUGGAGUUUCCACAUCCAACAGAUCGCUGCAGGUCCUGCCACUGCACCAAUGGACAUGUCCAUUGUCAGAUGAACAGAUGUCCGGCAGUGCCGUGUGUCGAUGCUUAUUUUCCGUCAGGAGAAUGCUGCCCCCAGUGUCCAGAGUCCCCUGCUGAAUGCAUUGUUGAAGGACAGUCUUAUGGACACAUGCAGCAAUUCUAUCAUCCCUCUGACAGCUGUCAAUCAUGCUCCUGCAUCAAUGGGACAAUGAACUGCAGGCAUACGCCCUGCCCUUCUGCUGUCUGUUCCCACCCUAUUAUUCAAGACUGCUGUCGCACGUGUGAUGGCUGUCUGUAUAAAGGGAGGGAACAUGCUAAUGGUGCCACAUUUGAAGACGUGUCAGACUCCUGUUCAACUUGUGUUUGUCGUGAUGGAACGGUCAAGUGUGAGAGGAGGCAUUGUUCACAACACAACUGCCCCUUCCCUGUACAGGGCCAAUGCUGCCAGCGCUGUGACGGCUGUGUGUAUGCUGGUGUGGAAUAUCAGAAUGGUCAGGAAUUCCCAGACCCCGCCGAUCAAUGUGGCCGUUGCGUGUGCAUGAAUGGUGACGUCACUUGCAAUCGGAGGCAGUGUCACCGUUCAGGGUGUAGCCACCCCAUCACUCGGCCAGACCAAUGCUGUCCUGUGUGUGAUGACUGUCUGUAUCAUGAAAGAGUGUUCGCGGAUGGCGAGACAUUCCCAUCACCCACAGUUAGCUGCGAGGAGUGCACAUGUUCAAGGGGUGAUGUUCGCUGUUAUCCCAGGAACUGUCCGAACGUCCCCUGUCCUCACCCUGAGCAGGACCCUUGUGCCUGUGGAGUGUGUGAAGGCUGUAGUUUCAACGGUCGUGAAUGUGGAAACGGAGAGGGCUUCCCUGAUCCCAACAAUCACUGCCAGGGCUGUACCUGCCUGAACGGUAGUGUGUCAUGCACACCUGUGUCGUGUCCUGAAGUCCCCUGCGGGAGGCCCGUGCGUCCUCCAGGUGAGUGCUGCCCCGUGUGCGCUGGGACCUGUGAGCACCUGGGGCAGGCGUAUGAGUCUGGUUCCACAUUCACCCCGGCCGAUGAUCGCUGCUCCACCUGCACUUGCCAGAAUGGGCAUGUCUCCUGUUACAGGAACUCAUGCCCUCAGCAGUGCACGCAUCCGGUGCAUUCUGCGGACUGUUGCCCUGUGUGUGACACGUGUUUGUAUGAAGGGCAGCGUUAUGAAAACAUGCAGCUGUUCUACGCUCCCUCGGACCCAUGCAGACGCUGUGUGUGUAAUAUCGGCUCUGUUACGUGCAGUUCUGUUAUCUGUCCUCCGCUUUGGUGCCGGGACCCCAUCACCCUGCCGGGACAGUGCUGUCUGCGGUGUAGAGGGUGUGUUGAACAAGGUCGGGAAUAUCUUGAGGGUCAGAGUUUGACCUUGCCGUCUGAUCCUUGCUCUACAUGCACCUGUGUGGACGGUGAAUUGAGCUGUGUUGGACCUCAGUGUGCCAAGUUGACUUGCAUGCACCAGGUCACCAAUCCAGGCUCAUGCUGUCCCCGUUGCAGAGGUUGUAUAUAUGACGGUGUUGAGCACUCUGAAGGCACCACGUGGUUUGCGUCCAGUGGACCCUGCAUGUCCUGUAUGUGUGUGGACGGAGUGACCACCUGCUCCGAGGUCCACUGUCUCUCCACCUGUCUGAAUCAGAUCAACGUCCCGGGUGAAUGCUGCCCAGUUUGCGCAGAUUGUGUGUUUGAAGGCCGUGUGUACAGUCCAGGAGAGACUUUUAACCCAUCGGAUGACCCUUGUCAGAUCUGCACCUGUGAGGUCAUGCUAGACGGAGAGCAACAUCUGCGCUGUUACAGGAAACAGUGUCCGAGUCUGGUGAACUGUCCCAAACAUAAUAUACUGUACAGCAGUUCUGAUGCCUGCUGUCCGGUCUGUGCACAGCCUCUGAGUAACUGCACAGCUACACUGGUUGGAAAUGAAGUGUUGGCCACAGAUGAUCCGUGCUUCACCUGUCAGUGCAAGGAUUUGACAUGGACGUGUAUCCAUCGAGGCUGCCCCUCCCUCAGCUGUCCACUGUCCGAGCGGCACACCCCGCUAGACUCCUGCUGUCCCGUGUGUGACGAGUGUGUGUUAGACAGUGACAAGUCCCGUGUGACGAAUGGCUGGAAAUGGACAGACGAGGAGAAUGAGUGUAUCACCUGCGUCUGCAACCAAGGCCACGUCGAGUGUGACCUGCAGGAGUGUCCUCUACUCGAUUGUCCAGACGGGUCGUUCAGAGUGAAGAAUCCUGGGAAGUGUUGCUAUGAAUGCACAGAUGUCAUUAGUGUGGUUUACACCAUAGACACCAGCACGCCGUGUGUGUAUGAGGGACGUCUGUACACCCACAAUGACCACUGGGAGGUGGACGAGUGCACGUCCUGCACCUGCGUGUCCGGAGACGUGCACUGCCAGACGCAGAGAUGCCCUCCGCUUACAUGCGCCUCGGAUGAAACGCCGGCUCUCGUGCCUGGAAUGUGUUGUCCUCACUGCAUUCCUCGGCCGGCCACGUGUAUCGUGUUUGGAGACCCUCAUUACCGGACUUUCGAUGGCAAGAUGGUGAACUUCCAGGGCUCGUGUACAUACGUGUUAGCUAAUGACUGUGAGGGUGGAGACUUCAGUGUCCAUGUGUCCAAUGACGACAGAGGUCGUAAGGGAGUGUCUUGGACUAAAGAGGUCACAGUGUAUGUCGGUGAUGUUGUGGUACAACUUUUUCAGGACUGGGUUGUCAAGGUUGAUUAUGAGCCCGUCUCCCUGCCGUUUCUUAAAGAGCCUUAUGUUUACCUGGAGCGUAAGACCAACACCAUUCUCCUUAACACCAAUGUUGGGCUAAAGGUGUUGUGGAACGGUCGCUCUCAUCUGGAGGUCAGUGUUCCCGGCACCUAUAAGAAGCACAUGUGUGGUCUCUGUGGCAACUUCAACAACUACCCUCAGGACGACAUGAUACUCCGCAACGGACAGAUCACCAACUCUGAAGCAACGUUCGGAAACAGCUGGAAGGUGCACGACUCACAGGUCGGCCUUGGAAACCACUCGAAUGUUCAGUGUUCUGAUGCAAGGAACAUUAACCCGUGUAAGGAGGCCGGUUACUCCGCCCGUAAGACGGCGAACGCAAGAUGCACGGUCCUGAAGUCUCCCGUCUUUGAGCGCUGCCACAAAGUGGUGCCACCCGAAAUGUUCUUCGCUUCAUGCGUGUAUGACCUAUGUGCCUGCGGGUCCAAAUUGGAUCUGUGUUUGUGUGAUGUGCUGGAGGCUUACGCGUCUGAGUGCCGCGAGGCUGGAGUGGUCCUGCAGUGGAGGUCGCCCACACUCUGCGCCGUUGGUUGUCCGACAGACAGAGGUUACGUGUUUGAUGAAUGCGGACCGCCGUGCCCUAAGACGUGCUUUAAUAAAGACAUACCUCUGGGUGUGAUCGAGGCUCAUUGCUUUAAACCUUGUGUGCCGGGGUGCCAGUGUCCCGCCGGACUGGUGGAACACAACGCCCACUGUAUUACCCCUGAGAAAUGCCCUAAAAUUAUCCACGGCAAGGUCUGAGUGAUGCGAACAACAAGAGGUAUCCACACUGCGAUUGAUUCAUUCAAUGAAUUCUGGGAUCUGAUGAACUUACAUCUUAGUGAUCUAACAGUCGUCGGGAAGCCGCUGGAUUGUUUGUUUUUGUUGACUUUUAUCAAACUUAUUCUGUCUCUGAAAUGGUUUUCUGUUUGGACAUCAUUCCAAAUUCAUGUCACUUUUUAACCCUGUCCGUCUAAUAACCUGGCUCCAUUCUGAUAUAUAACACCCACAAAUACUCAAAAAUAUUGAAAAGAAUCGGGUUAUUUCAUGUUUACUUUCUUGAAUUAUUGAAUUUAAACAUUAAUGCUCAAAAAUACUAUAAACACACGAAUAAUCCUCUGCUGUACACAUGAUUUUAUUUUAUUGUUGCUACUGUCUGUAAGAUUUACCAAGUGUUAACCUGUCCAGCUUCCUAGCAGAGCUUCUAACAUCAUGAGAAAUUCAACAUUUCUCUUUCGCUAAAUAAGUAAUGAAUAAUUCUGGCCGUUCUUUUUCGUCUCGAUAUUUAUAAAUCAAUUGUUAUGACCUAAACAUUCAGGAAGUGACAAUCCGCUUAAUCCGCUUUUUUUGAUCCACAAUCCGUUUUAUAAUCACUUUAUGGCACUGAAAGGGAUUUUGUUUGCUCUGGCACUGGUGUUGUGAAUGAAUUGUUUUGAAUAAAUGGGUUUUAUGAGCCAUGUGUUAAACUGACAGUAAUAAGAACAUUUAAACAAGGAGGGCAUGUAUUAACAGAUUAAUAAUAAGCUAUAGAUGUUAUAUUCAUAAAAAAAUGUUAUCCUUAAUCCGUUACUGUUUGUAUGUUUUAUAUUCAUUGUGUUGAUAUGUUUUAUUGUGUCAUGUUAUUACAUUAAAUUCCACCCUCACCCUG